CGCGGGCGGCCGUGGGCGGUGGGGCGGGGCGGGGCGGAGCCGGGGGCGGAGCCGGAGCCGGGGGCGUGUCCGCGGCGGGCUCUGGGAAGGCCCCAAGUUAAUGAGGCGAACGCCGGCUGCCGAGCGCCUCUCGGAGCUGGGUUUUCCCCCGCGGCGCGGGCGCCAGGAGCCGCCUUUUCCGCUGGGUGUCACUCGGGGGUGGGGAGGGUGGCCCAUUGAAAAGCGCCGCGAGGGGCCCCGGCCAGUGCCCUUCAGUGAGCGCUCGCCGGAGGACGGCAGAGAGCAGCCCGCUCACGGCUCCGGGAUCUUGUGGCGAGUCAGGACGCGCCUGUCCCUCUGCCGGGACCCCGAGCCACCGCCGCCACCGCCACCGCUCUGUCUCCUGCGAGUCAGCCUCCUCUGCGCGCUCCGGGCGGGCGGCCGCGGAAGCCGCUGGGGCGAGGACGGCGCAGGGCUGCUACUGCUACCCCCAGCCGGAGCGUCUGGAAGCCUGAAGGCCGAGCGGAGCAGCAGCACCCCUUAUGCCGGAAGGAUGCUGGAGAACAGCGGCUGCAAGGCGCUGAAGGAAGGAGUGCUGGAAAAGCGAAGCGACGGGCUGCUGCAGCUCUGGAAGAAAAAGUGCUGCAUCCUCACCGAGGAAGGGCUACUGCUCAUACCGCCCAAGCAGCUACAACAGCAGCAGCAGCAACAGCCCGGGCAGGGGACAGCCGAACCGUCCCAACCUAGUGGCCCCGUCGUCGCCAGCCUUGAGCCACCAGUCAAGCUGAAGGAAUUGCACUUUUCCAAUAUGAAGACUGUAGACUGCGUGGAACGCAAGGGCAAGUACAUGUACUUCACUGUGGUGAUGACGGAGGGCAAAGAGAUCGACUUUCGGUGCCCCCAGGACCAGGGCUGGAACGCCGAGAUCACGUUGCAGAUGGUGCAGUACAAAAAUCGCCAGGCCAUACUGGCGGUCAAGUCUACCAGGCAGAAGCAGCAGCACCUGGUCCAGCAGCAGCCUCCGCAGACGCAGCAGAUCCAACCCCAGCCCCAGCCCCAGCCGCAGAUCCAACCCCAGUCCCAGCCGCAGAUCCAGCCUCAACCCCAACCCCAGCCCCAACCUCAGCCCCAGGCCCAACCCCAACCCCAGCCCCAGCCCCAGCCCCAACCCCAGCCCCAACAGCUCCACUCCUACCCGCAUCCGCAUCCACAUCCUUACUCUCACCCGCACCAGCACCCACACUCGCACCCGCACCCGCACCCUCACCCUCACCCUCAUCCGUACCAACUCCAGCACGCGCACCAGCCUCUUCACUCGCAGCCGCAGGGGCACCGGCUUCUCCGCAGCACCUCCAACUCUGCCUGAAGAGGGCGGCACCCGGGCCACUCAAGGUUUUGAGGACUUGAGAAAGUGGGAAGAGUGCAUUGCUGUUCAGUUCACUUGGAUCAAAACCAACAGAGUCUCCCCACCCCGUGCCAGAUCAAGUAGUUUGGACUUCACCCGACGGAUAACGCGCGCGCGCUUGCAGUUCCCUCGUAGUUUUCUGCGUAAUCUUCAUCACAGUUGCAGGAAGCAGAUUUUGAGUCGAGAUGACUUUAUUUAUGGACCUUUGGAAGGAUCACCUAACGUAAUGGACCUUUGUAGGAACAAUUUAUGUACUGUAAUUUUAUUUUAAUGUUAUUUUGGAUUAUGAUUAUUUAUUAGUUUUUUUAUGCCUAAUCUAAGACAUUUCUGAAUGUAGGCCACCUCCUCCCCCUCCUCGCCAAAAAGAAAAAGAAAAAAGAAAAAAAAAAAAGAAACUUUAUUUUCAGAAACAGAUUUCUUAGUAAGCCCUGGUCUUGGAAGAGAAAAAGGGAAAGGGGUGGUGGAGGGGGGCAAACAUGAAAAGAAAUGGGUUCAGUAUUCCCAGGACAUUCUCAUAAAGUCGACUCUUUCAUUGUAUUUGAAGAAGUUGAAAUUAAAUUCUGAUAUUACUUUCAGUU